GUAAACUAUCAUGGCUUCCGAUUCACACUCGAGUUUCAACGUGAUAUGAAAUGAAGAAUGGCUUUACCGGAACCUUUACUGCUCGACGAAGAGCUGGAAAAUCAGUGUAACGAAAUAAGAGCUAUCGCAUCAAAGAACUGGUUGAGCUCUGCCCAUAGCUCUCUACAGCAUUUGGACCAGAUAAAGGCCUCUGUAUAUAAUGUUGGAAUUCAUGAUCCCCAACACCUUAAAGCCACCAACUUGUCCUCCAGAGGUCAGAGGAGUCAAAGUUUCACAGAUCUAGCAGCUGAUCCAAAUGCUCCACCACUUUCACUUCAGAAGAAUGCUAUUGCCUGGGGAAGUAAUGGAUCAAUUCCUGACCUACUGGCUCAGCACAGUGCUCGAUCUCAAACAUAUGAUAAGUCUUCAGCCAGGCGCACUCGCCCUUCUAGUGGUAAAAAGUUACGACCUCAAAGUGCAAAAGAGUCACAAAGUACAAAAGGGUCACAGCUUCCGCCAAGGGCACCCAGUAUUGGAGUGAAAGGUGCCCGAGUGGAUCCAGCAGGAAGACCUCCAAAGUUUGUACAGCACACCUCCACUGGAUGGGUGGGACCCCCAGCAGGUCUCAAGAUGGCUGAUGACUUACCAACAGACUUGCCAUGUGACACAACAUCUAGUGGAGGAUCUCCGCCACCAGCACCCUCAGGAACGCCCAUUCCCUCCGAAAUAAAGUUGGGAGCAUCCAGUGUUGGUGACUACCUCAUUGACCAGAAUGAGGUCAGAACUACAGAACCCCCCAAACCACCCUCCCCAGAGCCAAUUCACUUCUCCCUCCCUAGGAUGGAGGAUGAUUAUGAUGAGGAAGACAGUGACCUUGACACAGAAAGGCUUCUCUUCAAGGCAGAACAGCAUGCACCUACACCAGUUGUUGCAGAAAACUUACCAGGGUUUAAUUAUACGCACAUCUCCAGUAGUAAACCAACUGAUGGCCAUUUGGAGGUCAACAGACAAGACAAUGUUGCAGAGACGUACAGCAUCCAUGAAGAAAAAACAGACACAUCUUCGCUAUCCAAUCACAUCAAUACAGUGCCAGAUAAUUUUGACGAUUUGCUUGAUGAUGAUUAUGAGGAUGAUCUAGAAGAAGAUGACUGGGUUGAAGAAUUGAUAGAUCUGCACCAUGAAGAAGAUCCACCUUUCAUUGGACCAAAUGAAAAGGCCUCUGUCAAAUUCAGGGAGGAUAAAAAUAUUACCAUUGAUAUCACACCCAGGAACCUAGGCUACAAAGUGGCCGACAUGGAAACACAUUCUAAGAAAAAGCACACCUCUCCGAAAAGUGGAGAUGAACUGAAAUCAUUAUUAUCAGUUCGAAGUACAGGCCCACUGAGGAGUCACAUCUCUUUGUCUGAAGUCAACCAUGAUACCAAGCAUACUGUUGAACUCAAAUCUAGUCAGCAAAGCUACACAAUCUCUAAGAAACCGAAGUCUCCUUGUUCUGCAUUGAAGCACAGAAUGACAGUGUCUGAAACAGAGAGCGAGAAAAGAGUGAAUCAGGAGAGACCAAAGUCUGUGAACAAGUCCUCCACUCCAGUGGCAACAGUCACUGUGGCUUACAGUGAUCUGGAUGAUAUCAAAAGAGUAUCCAAAUCCAGACAGAAGCGGUCGGAUAAAGAUGUUGUCACCAUGGUGGAGGCAGUUCUGUCAGAUAGUGAAGAAGAGAAGAGUAUUCAAGAAACUGACCAUGUGGAUGAAAUAACUCCUGACAAACUGGAGCCUUGGAUGCCAACCAAAUGUGUAUCCGAGCCUCCUAAGAACUACUAUGAAUUGUCUCGAAGGUCAUCAUCUGUUCAGAAUCAUAUCAGGGACCCCUCCCCACCAACAUCGAGCCAUAUGUUCAAGACAACCAAAACGAUUGAAUUUGAUGAAUAUAAACCGAAGGAAACAUCCAUUAAGAAUGUGAUUGAUAACAGUACACUGUUAAAGAGUCGAGACAGGGAAAGAUUUGUAGGGCUGGAUGAGGAGAGCAGGGUCAAGGUCAGGCCAUCCAGUGAGCGACCUCUACAGGUUACUCCCAAAGAGAGGCUGGUUAACAGACCAAUGAGUGAAAUGAUCCAAAAGAGCAAAUCUAGUCAUGAAUUAAAUCAUUCCAUAAGUAAAACAGGAACUCUUACAAAAAAUGAUGAUAAAGUAAAGAGUGGUGAAAAGAAGAUGCUGAGAAGACCUCUUUCUGCAACAAGUCAACGGAAGUCUGAAUUGUCUCUGAACAGGGAAGAAAGUAUCAGCAAAAUAAAUGACAUGGUCAAAAAGAAUGAAAAUUUUUCAAACAAUGCAAAUCCUGGACUGAGUGAAAGGGAAAAAGAGAUAGAAAAUCUCAUUAACAAACAUCUACGCAGGAAUGAUACAGCCACCCCUGUAUCUAAACCACAAGACGGUUUACAGGCACAAGGAGAACCAGAUAACAAGACAACAGAGGAGACUGAAGAGAGGAAGAUGAAGGGAGAAACAGAAACUGGAGAAACAGCAUGUGAACAGGAGAAGGCAGAGGAUGCCGUAGGAAAAGUCGUGUCAGCUGUCAGGCAGAAGUCAGCGCCCAGGAAGACAAAGAAGACUUAUGAGGAUAUUGAAACUCUAGUCAGUGGAAAAUAUAAUCCUACUCUUGGUUCAAAGGAAAACAAAGUCAACAAAAUUGUACUGAAAAUGGCAGAAACGCAGGUUAAUGCAAAGCUCUCGGACAACACAAAGCACUAUGCUUCUUAUUCUCGGAGUCGUGUGAAGUCUGCCCCAGGCAGGAGAAUUGCAUUAGAGCCAAAAGUCAGAUACACAAAACCUUGCUUCAUCAACUCCAAGAUUCCAGAUGAUGAUAUUUUCACAGAAGAUGAGAUCGAGGCUCACCAUAUUCAUCAGCGAUUGGCUGCAGCUAAUGUGUGCAUCAGACCAGAAACUCUUCAAAGAGCUCUCUAUCCUCCGUCUGGUAAAACUUUGUACUAUGACAUUGAAAACAAAUUGCCAAGAUCAACUUCAGCAAGUUUGUUGAGUCAUCCCAAAGUCUGGCUUCCAGUGGAGUACAAGCAGUUUAAGCUGGCAGAGAAAAACUUAAACAAAGCCAAUGAAAUAAUUCGCAGACAGGAACUUGCUGAAGAAAGGAAGGCCCGUCUGGCAGAACUUGGGUCAGCAGCAAAGAAAAAAAAGGGCAAGAAAAAAGGUGUAGGAAAGAAGAAGGGGGAAGCACCUAAAAAGAAAAAGUCCAUCUGCUGAACUUAUUUGCAAUCCAGUUUAGUGCCAAAGGCAGCAUAUUCCAUACAGACGCCAGGUUAUAUCAUAUGCUGCGACACAUUUACAUAAAUAAUGUAACCUCUCUCCACUUUCUGUAAAGUAUCUGUAGGAUAAGCAUUCCAGUGCAUGAUUUUAAUCAAUGCUUAUUUAAAUUUUGUCAGCUUGAUAGAUUGUCUCAAUCACUGUUUAUUUACACAUGUUGGUAUUUUUGAUGUACAGUGAAUUAAUUAUAAAAAAUAUAUAUAUACAUACAUUGGGUAUUGCUUGUCAAGAUGUAUUAUGUCCAACAAAAUUAUCCACCUUUAGAUUCAUUUGCUGUACACUUCAAACAGGGUGAAGUAUUACUGUCUCAUAUUGUGGGUACCUAUGUGUGUAUUGUUUAUCAUUUUACGUACAUUGGUUAUCGUUUUACAUUGUUUAUCGCUUUACCAUUUUGAAACUUUACCAGUUCUGUGAUCCAUGUUCCUAACAGAGUAUUCACCACACUGCCUUGGUAUUAAAGUGUUUCAUGCAAUAGCCACUUUACAAUCUCCAGACCUGGAAGAUACACUUCCACCAAUGUACUUAAACAAUUGUCAAACUGUGUACAAUAUACAUGUAUAGAAAGAAGAUCACGGUCACAGAUGACAUGUGCAGUCCCUAAUAUUUCUCAAUGCAUUUUUUUUUUAAUAGUCUGAUUUUUAUUUCCCACAGAAACAUAAUCUCAUAUCAAUACAUGUAUACCAUAUAUAUAAAGCAAUUUGGGCAUUGGAAAUUUUGGCAGAUGAAGAUAAUUCAUAUACAUGUACAUUAUGAUUACAUUUUGAUGAAAAUCCACCAUAAAACAAAGCACCAGUAUUUCAAAGUACUUUUUUUGUGAAAUACAGUAUCUGCCAAAUAUUCCCAAAACCAAAAUCGUUCGACAUGCAGUAAAUUCCAGAUGCAGACACAGGGUGCUUGCCAACAUCAUCUUUAACAGAAACUCAUUCAAAUUCUCUGGACGUGGUGCUUUAUAGACUAAUGACACUUAUUGCACAGUGUUACAUGUGUAAUGUAGGAAUUAACUAUGACAAAGUCUUCAGAUGAUGUCAUCCUGAAGUUUGAACUUCAGUUUAUAAGCUCUUCACAUUUUGCACUUAAUUCUAUGGUGGUUAUAAUAAUUUCUGAAACUAGAAGGCUUCAUAUGCUUUGUGCAAUUAUAAUUAGACAUGUACAUUGUAUUCACAUAUUAUAUGUAGAAUUUUGUGACUACAAAGAGUGCCUGGGCAGUCUUACAUAAAUAUGCAUUUUAUUUUUGAUAGACAUUUUAUUGUUAACACUAGUGCUAGAUUGAAUUAUUUAUUAUUUAGUUAGAAAUAAAAGUGUUUUCUACCAGUGUU